GUUCGCCUUCAACUUCGCUCCUCUCCGGUUGUCACAAUGAUUCGUUUGAGAUAAAUGUGCAAUUUCGGUGCUUUAAAUAUAAACAAAUGCAAAGGAAGAUAUAAACCUUGUGUUAAACAGCAAAUGGAAAGUGAUAACUAAACCUGCAACUAACUAUUUUCACUGCAAAUAUAAGCCUCAAACUGUCCACCCAUUUUCGGAGUCUCAGUGGAGCUGUCUAUCUAUCUCGCUCGCACACGGCUUUGCAAUCGAUAAGCGUAACAGCAGUGCUGUCCACUCGUUCAUCGCUGUUAGCUUUUCCCGUUAACUUACAGCAGCGAGUGUUUGGAGAGCGAAAUUGGACCUCUGGCGCAAAGCCGUUAAUCUCCAAUGGGGCGACACAUUCGGGGGAAGGAAAAUUCAUAAAUGAAAGCUUCUAAUUGCCGGAGAAUGACAAACGCGACAAGAAAUCGGCGCGAGCGAACAAAAGUGAAGCAAACUUUUUAGGCAAUCCGACAAAAGGCAGCUAAAAGCAGCUAAAGCCGCAAAAAUUGAGCCAACGAAGCGGCGGCGAUGCUGUUGAUGCCCACAUCCUGUGGGCCGGGGCCACCCAUCGACCUCGGCCAUCCCUCGUCCUUGCCCUCUCACACCUCCCACGUUCACUGCCCCUCCCACUCCCGCCCCCACUACCGCCCACGUUCCCCCGCCCCCCGAAGAGCGACAGAUGAUGGCGAGUCGGUCCGGCGGUCAGGGAUCCACGCCCCAAGGACUUUUUCGGGGUCGAGCAUUCCCCAGUGGCUGCUAAUCCUCCUCGGACUCCUCGCCAUUCUCGCCCAGACACCGAGCAGCCAGGUGGCCGCCGAGAAGAGUAAACACUACUACAUGCAAUCGUUGUGCAAGAACCACUUCCUGCAGCAGCUCUAUAGGAAAAUCGACGGAGCAGUUCUCUGGUCGCAGAACGAACGCAAUCUGGACUGCAUCAUCACCUUCCAGACGCACUCCGUGCUGCAGCGCUUCAUGUUGCGCUUCGAUAUGCUGCAACUCGACUGCAACGAUCACCUGCUGGUCUACGAUGGAGCCCAUGCCGUAUCCACGCCCAAGAUUGACAUCUCCUGUCGGAACACCAAGAACACCGUCAACGCGCUCCUCACGCGCACGAACUUUGUGACUCUGAAGUACGUGACCGACGGCUGGGGAACGGAUGCGAACGGCUUCAAGUUGGUGAUUACGUCGGUGAAGGAUCCCAAGCACACCUGCAAGGACUUCACCUGCGCCACCCGCGAGUUCUGCAUCCAUCCCGAUCUCCUCUGCGACGGCAUCAACCACUGCGGCGACAACUCCGACGAGUCCGUGCAGAAUCUCUGCCAGAGUGAGACGAGCAGCACGGUUUUCGGGCUGGACAUGACCUGGUUCGUCCUGAUUGUCGUGGGCGUCCUGCUCGUCCUGAGUGCCCUCAUCGUGGCGGUGGCCAUUUGCGUGUGUCGUCGCCAGGACGAGAACGCCGCCAACCAGAACACCGCGCUCCAGCUGCACCACACGGCCGACACGAACGGGUCGUCGAAACAUCUGCAUUACCACGGCAUCAGUGUCGGCGGAACGCUGACGAGGGAGCACACCCAGCUGCCGAAUCCGGGAAACUGGCAUCACCCUGCGGGACCAUCCGGGUACCACCGCACUCCACACAACUACUUGAAGAUGGCCACCAAAGUCCGUCCCAUUUGGUGCUUGGCAAAUUCCGUCAAUUAGGUCAAGAUCUUUCGCACAAUAACGCCGCUCUCAGUCAGACGAACAUCGCCGGAGCCGGCCAUCCCAAUGCCAACGCCGUCGGCGCUGCGCAGAAGGACGAGUGGUUCGUCUAGGGCCAGGCAACACUGUGCAUCGACCGAUUGACUUCAGCACAAUAAUCUGUACUUUAUUAAGUAAAUUUAUGGAUAUUUGCAGAGCAUUAAAUGAAGACUGUAAGACUAUAUUUAACAACAAUUAGUGUGGACAUCACCGCGCAGGGUGUAUUAUACAGAGAUCUCUCCUCGUACCCAAGCAGAAUCUCGAUCGCAUUGGGCAGAACUCGUCGGUUCUGUCGGAUAACCAGUGCACCUGUAAAUAGUUUAUAAAUAUAUCGUUUAUGAUUUAACUGAUUAAUACAACAAGCUGGCUAAAAAACAAGAUCCCAAACCCCAUAUCCACUGAAACAAAAAGUAAUACGGAAGAGUCCUCUAUCCUAAUUUUGUGCAAGUAUGUUGGCAUUUAUUUAGGUAAUUACGUAUGUUUAGAAAGCAAUUCGACUUGAAUUAUUGCUCUUCGAUUAAAGACACUUAGUUUGCAUAGCGGGUUGCGUUCAAUAUGCACAGAGAAAGAUCCCUAAAAUAUUUGUAUAACGAAUCGGAGAUAGUCGCAGAUUCAUUGAGGUAAACUAACAUUUGAAAGAAACAAUCGUAAGCAUUUAAUUGAAUUGUGAACAGAAACCGUAAGAAGUAUUAAAGCUCAAACAAGAAUAACCGAAAACUGUCAUUAAUAUACAACUUCCGAAUCUGACAAAUUUGAGAUAUCUGGCGAAGAUAAUGGCCAGGGCGUUUUUACAACAAUUAAGCUGAAUUCUAAUCACAAAAUGGACACAAGAAGAUCAACCAAAACAAGGGAUGUACAUAAGUAGUCGACAAUAUACUUACAUAGCAAAACCAAAACCAAAUCGAAAACUUCUAACGCAGCUGUCAUCUAUACAAUUUCACCUCCACUAACCAUUGUCCACUGGGAAGUCUGCAUUUGCCCGAUGAUCAUUAUCCUUGGGAUCAUUAUCCAGAGACUCCGACAGAAGCAAACAUUUCACCGAGAGACUCAUUCCUCAUUCAAGAGCCGAAAAACAACCAAUGCUUAACGGAAAUAUUCUGAGACAUUAAGGACAAUACAGUGAAAUCUUUUGCUUUUGAUACAACUAAAUUGAGAACGUAACGUGGCAUGCAUUUUAACCUACAGAAUAUAUGUCCGGAUACAAUUUUCUACAAUCAACCAAAAUCGAAUUCUACACAAAAUUUAACAAACGUAAAAUACAUAAAACCAAACAGAGUUGAAAACAUUUUGCUACAAAAUCGAAUGAUAACGAUCAUAUAUAUAUAUACUCGUAUUGACGACGAUGUGUAACUCGAGAAAACCAAACUAAAAUGCUUCAAAAUGAUUGUAGUACUUCCCGCCGUUAAUAUUUUUUUAAUAUAUCGUACAUACUACAAAAUACAGAUGCAAGUCUUAAUAAUAAUACUUAUACUAAGAAGCAAUAAGUAAGAAUUUUCCGCUGCUAAAAAUUGUCUUUCAAAAUACUUCCAUAGGCCCGGUUAGUUUAAAAGUUUUGUGGCUCCUCGAUAUUCUUUUCCCAGAUAAUAGCCGAUAAUUAAAAACACUUUCUCCUUUUGCUAAGCCAGAAAAUACAAUUUAUUCAAUUAAGUGCGAAAGUGUUAGGUAUACGUUCAGCCCGAUCAAAGCGAAUAAGUCAAAUUAAAUUAGUUUUGUACUUAGCAGUAAUGAAAAACCCGAGAACUAAAUUAACUAAUAUUCUAGGCAUAAUUUCCGCUGAAAAAUAUAUUCUUUUCACCCCUCUUUUGCCCGUCUCUUAUUUGUAAAACUACAAGCGUCUUAUACUAUAUCAUAAAUUAUAGGAAAAUGGUAUUAUGAUAAAUUGAAUUUUUAACCAAAAUUAUAAGCAAAUUGUAUUAGGCGUCAAAUUUUAGAAGAGAAAUGAAAACCAAGAGGCAAAAUGCCGAAGGAAAGAAAAACACAUUGAAUAGAUAUGUAUGUUAUGUGUGUAUGAGCUAAAACCACAUUCAUACAUGGCAACAAAUUAAUCUUAAUUACUUAAAACCGAUGAUAAUAAAUGAUACUAAAUAAUAACUGAAUAACCACAAAGCUAAUUUAUGCAAUACAGGAAUAUUGAAUACUGAAAAUUAUGCGUCAAUAAAGCGUUUAGGCAAGAUUGUAUUGUAAUAUCUAA